AUGGAAUCAUCUCUGCCAAUACAGAAAUGGUACGAACGAAACAAGGAAUUAAUGGAUUUUCUCGCGGAACAAUCCAUCCAAUCGAAUAAUCCCUUGAGCAUUUCCGAAUUAAGUCGAGUAUUUGUAGCAAAAAAUACGACAACUCUCUCACUGAAUUCGAUGAAAUUUAAAAUUGGACGUCUUCGCCCAAGAAUCCCAAAGUUAGAAUCAUUCGAUAAAGAGACGAAAGCGAAAAUGAUGUUUGUGUUGAGUGGAGAAAUUGAUGAAAACUAUUUGAAUGAACUUCGAAAAGAUGCAACCGUUGAAAUCGAUGAACAACGUCGCAUCACACAUUAUAAAUCAUUGACUGGAACACUAGAAUUCGAAGGAGAUCAAAGUAGAGCUGCGAAAAUAAGAUUAGGAAAAGAAGCAAUAAGGAAAAGAGGAGAAGAGACUCCUUCGAAAGGUAUGAUGUCAGAAAUGUUGGGACAUCUCGUUAACUUAUGUGGAGUCACUAAUGAGAAUGGUGUUAUCAAAGAAGAACCACCGAAUGAGGAGGAAGAAGAAGAGGAGAGGGAGGAGAAUGUGAUUGAAGAAGAAAUCGAAGAAGAUAAAGAUAUUGCAUGUUCUUCUGAAUCGAUUAAAAGGAAAUUGACACCGGAGAGAGAAGAUUCAGCUCCACCGAAAAAGAGGGUUUAUGAAGAACGGGCACCAAGAAAUGUGUUCUUCGGAGAUUCAUUAGAAGAUAUAAUUGAAGAAACUCAGUUGCCUGCUUCGUAUUCUUCAAUUUUUAAAGCGGCGGGACAAUCAAACUCCAACACGACAAGUGUUCAAGAAUUCCUAAUGAUGAUGAGAUAUGUGGUCGAAGAAAUGAAUUCAUCAAUAUUCUCCCGACUUUACAAUAAAAUUAAUGUCUACAUAGAAGCGUUCAAAGAGAAGGAAUUAAGAAUUCCAAUAAAAGAAGUUCUCCACACACUGUUACUAACAAUUCGCAUAGUUACAAAACGCGACUUUCAAGAGGAUUCGAUCGAGAGCAAUUCCACGAACCUUCGAGAUUUUCUACAUACAAUUCAAACCGCUUCGAUUAGUUUGAACUCUUCGGAACUCGAUAAUUUCGAAAAACAUCUGGAAAUUGCUUUUGGAAUCGUACCAGCCGAACAGAGAAUCUCGUUGGAGAAAGUGCACAGUGGAUUAGAUUUCGCCAUCGAAUACAUUCUUCCAUAA